GUGCGCUAACUAAUGACUGACAUGAGUGUUGGGUUGCUGCUCGUGUUGCUGGGUUUUGCGAAUUAUGCGGCGACUUCAGACAUUCCGCUACCAACUCCUCCCCAGCUUGAAUGGAGUAGUUGGGAACUGGGAGCUUUGGUAACGUAUAAUAUGGCUACUUAUGUGGCUGGUGAUGGUUGUGAAUUUCCUGGUAAAGGUGUGCCGCCCCCAUCACUGUUCAGUCCAAGCAAAAUCAACACAGAUCAAUGGGCUGCUGCCUUUCAGGCAUUUGGAGCUAAGUAUGCGGUUCUUGUUGCAAAGCACAACUGCGGAUUUGCUUUGUGGCCAUCAAAAGUGCACUUUCCUGAAUUUAAGUUUGUUUAUAACUACACUGUUGCUCAGAGCAAGUCACCAGACAACGAUAUUGUCGAAAGCUUUGUGAAAUCAUGUCGCAGCCAUGGCAUACAACCCGGAUUUUAUUACAGCGUUGUCACUAAUUAUUACCUAAACGUUCACGGCGGCGAAGUUCAAACUAGUCACCUUAUGCCAGGCAUGGCUAAUGUCACACAGGAUCAAUAUCUUCAAAUUGUGUCUGCUCAGUUAACUGAGCUAUGGAGCCAGUACGGACAACUCGGUGAAGUUUGGUUUGAUGGUGGUUAUCAGCAUGAUAUUAAGGGAAAUCUGACGUCUAUGUUAGAGAAACUUCAACCUAAUGCAACAGCAUUUAAUGGACAGGGAGUGUCAAAAAAUGCUAUUCGAUGGAUUGGUACCGAGGCAGGACGUGCUCCUGAUCCAAAUUGGUCAACAGGCGAGAGUGGUGGUGGUGACUCCGACAGCUCAGUUUGGUGUCCUGCUGAGUGUGAUACAACACUACAAAACCAUGAUCGUUGGUUUUACUCAAGCUCAGAAGGCAUUCGGUCUUUGGAUGAGCUGAUUGACGUUUAUCAUCAAACUGUUGGUCAUAAUGGCAACUUAUUAUUAGACUUUUCACCCGAUACGAAUGGGUUGAUUCCAGAUAACCAUAUUGCCAGGUACAAAGAACUCGGAGACUUCAUUCGUACUUGCUAUGGCAAACCAAUUAAUGCUACAAAAGGCGUAGGUCCAGUCCUUACUAUUAUGAUUAACCCACCUACAACUAUAGAUAGAAUUGUACUCCAGGAAGAUCAGAGCCAGGGUCAACGUGUGAGGACAUAUAACGUUUCUAUUAGUACGAUGAGUGGGUUGUCUGCCUCUACUGUGAAUGGUACUAGCAUUGGUAAUAAAAAGAUUGAUCUGCUUCCGGCUCCGGUUCAGAAAGUGAACAAAGUGGAGUUUAGAGGAAUUACUGGCAUAGGAACUCCCAUUCUCAAUCACUUUGGGGUGUACUAUUGCGCUGGAUAAUCAACACUGUUGUAUACAAGAUUUCUGUGUUACAUAUACAGCUUGGUGAUUUAUGGUGUUUGUGGUGCUUGAUGUAUAUGUUGGCUAUAGCUAUAGUUUGUGUAGAUCUGCUGAUUAUGAUAUUUAUUGCACAAGUCGAGUAGAUAUCAUUUACCAAUGGC